AUGCCAGAAGACGACCGCAAACCCGGCGAUGCCCUGAGAGACAGAGGCAGGGAUGGUCGAGGCAUGAAUUCUAUCCGAACGCAUUCUCCCCCUCCUGCUUCUCAUCGUUCAACGGGACGCGAUAGGGAUAAGAGGAAGGGUAGCUCCCAGGAUCCCUCCGUCCACAGGUCUCAGCCUGGUCCUCCUCGACCCCGACACAGAUCGCGAGAACGCAGCAUAGACCGUCCUAGGCGCUCUGGCCAGCCGCGCUCACCGGAGUUCCGGGGAGGCCCCAGGGAUCGCGAGCUCGCCCUGGACUCUGCUCCGUCCCAGAGUGCGCGCCACGGGCCCUCGCAUCGAGAGAUAGGCGACCGCCACGAUAGCGUCGGUCGCUCAAUCGGUACGUCACGCGAAUCGCCGCACUACAAGCGGCCUAGGAGUCCCGGUGUAUCGGCAGAGCCGUCCUCAUCGAAACGCUCAAGGAGGAACGACAGCCCGAGAAGACCUCGAGAACGCCUUCGAGCGGCUGCCCAAUCACCUCACCAUCCCCGCCGCCCUUCACCAUCUCCCCAGCGUGCUCGAUCUCCGUCUCGUCGCGAACGACGGCGCGCCAGAAACAGAAAUAGAGGACGGAACGCUCGGGAUCAGCAGCCACCCCGUGGUCGCUCGCGCUCUCCAGCCCUGGCUGGAGGAGACGCAACAGACGAUAAUCCCAACCUUCGCCCACUAGGAGAACCACGGUCACGAUUCCGUAGUCGGUCACCACCACCCGCAUCCCGAAGACGAUCGCUCUCAAGGCAUAGGUCUCCUUCCACAUCGAGGGGUGACCGGCAAACUGCGUCCUAUCCAGCUUCACACCGCAAGCCAAGCCCGGAUCCCGACUCGCGUAGACAGGGGUCAGUCUACCCACCGCCACGCUCUCCAAGAGACCGUAAGGAGUCGAGAUCCAAGCGACGGAACAGGAAGAGGGAUCAUUCGAGGGCAUCGAAAGGUUCGGAGUCUUUGUCUGGGGCAAAUAUCAUCGAGGUGAACAUGACUGCACGGGGAGGCUUCCGCCCAGGGCUUGGCCCUCAGACGCAUAAUGCCGCAUACCCUACGAAAGGCCACUAUGGAGGAUCGCACGACGGUCGACGCGUCUCACAAUCAUCUGGCCAUGGGACUCCUAACUCCUCCUUCCAAGGCUCUCCACCGCCCCAGUCGCCGUACGGCGGCAGUCAAGGAUGGGGCGGGCAGCAGCAGCAAUUCUCGCCGCACUCCCACUAUCAUUCGUCUUAUGCCCAGGGUCAUUUCUCGCCACACGGCCCAGCAGGCCAGUACCCUCAGCCUCAUUCUCCCUCCGUGGGACCCCCAACGGGGCCCAGCUCACAACAAUACCCGACGGGACCGACCCGCGGUGCUUAUAGAAGUAGUCCCGCAGGUCCUCGAGGGCCUUCCUUCAACUCUUCCCGAUCAGCGCAACGAGGCAACGCUCUAAAAGGCGGCCAAUGGCGAUCCAACUCCCAGGGAGGCAGCGGCCAGAGCAGUCCUAUGCCGGCAUCUGCUCAAUCCGAAAGCGGCCACGCUUCUGACGUCGAUACGGCAGUCGCAAAUCAUGAAGAUGACAAUCCUUUCAGGCCUUCCAAAGAUCUUCAAGUCGAAGAUACGGGCAAGGGAAAAGCAAGCGCCGAAGAUGAAAUGCCGCCGCCAGCUCGACCCCCUCCGACUGGACCGCAAGGCUCCAAGUUCAGCUUCGCUUUCAAGGCAGCCUCGAAGCCUGCAGUGGCUACACCGAAAGCCGAAAUAGCUUCAAAAUUCAAUUCCGCUCCUCAGAGACGCGAGGACCUUCGCAACGAAGAUAAGGACCGUAGGGAUUUGCCUCGCAGUGUCCCGACUGAACCUGCUUCAUCGCGGGCACGGUCUGAGUAUCGGAGUCGGCCCGAUCCCCCAGCACCUCCCAGGGCCCAACAACCACCGCGAGUCCGCAAGGUCAAGAAGAUCAUGAGACGCCCUAAAGCCCGUCCGUCUCUCCCCGAUGAUCUUGCUGCCUCCGAGUCAGUCUUCUUCCGAAAGCCCGGGAAUGAGUCGGUGGUAGGCUCAGGCACGUACGGUAAAGUUUUCAAAGGUCUUCAUGUCUACACCAAGAAGCUUGUCGCUCUCAAACGUAUACGGAUGGAAGGUGAGCGGGACGGCUUUCCUGUCACGGCGGUCCGGGAGAUCAAAUUGCUGCAGUCUCUCAAGCACAUCAACAUUGUCAAGCUCCAAGAGGUCAUGGUCGAGAAGAACGACUGCUUCAUGGUAUUCGAAUAUCUGUCUCACGAUCUGACCGGGCUCCUGAACCACCCAAGCUUCAAACUUGAUUCUGCACAGAGGAAGCACCUAGCCAAGCAAUUGUUUGAGGGCCUGGACUACCUCCACCGACGCGGCGUUCUCCAUCGAGACAUCAAAGCGGCCAACAUCUUGGUCAGCAGCGAUGGCAUCUUGAAACUUGCUGACUUUGGACUUGCUCGGUUCUACGCCAAACGCCACCAGCUCGACUAUACCAACCGCGUUAUUACUAUCUGGUACAGGUCGCCGGAGCUGCUUCUAGGCGAGACGCAGUAUGGACCAGCGGUUGACAUAUGGAGUGCGGCCUGCGUCCUGGUGGAAAUUUUCACCCGCCACGCCAUCUUCCCCGGCGAUGGUGGUGAGAUUAAUCAGCUCGAGAAGAUCUACGCUGUUCUGGGCACCCCUAACCGUACGGACUGGCCGACCCUGACAGAUAUGCCUUGGUUUGAGCUCCUCCGACCGGGAUAUAAGAGACCCAACCUGUUUGCUGAGAAAUAUCGGGAUCGGCUAUCAUCUGCCGCCUUCGAUCUACUUGCCGCCAUGUUCCGAUACGACCCCGCGAAGCGUCCAAACGCCUCGGAAGUCUUGGAUCACCCCUACUUCACCGUGGAGGAGCCCGCCCCACGGCAAGCUACAGAGCUGGCAAAUAUCGAUGGCGACUGGCACGAGUUCGAAUCCAAGGCGCUGCGGCGAGAGAACGAGCGCAAGGAGCGGGAGGCGCGCCGAGCUGCUGCCAAGGAAAGCGGCGGAGGUGGCAAGGAUAGAGAGAAGAAGCGCGCGGCCGACAGCCUCGAGAACCACCGCGACACGAAGAGGCAGCAUAUCGAUGUGCCCCCACCUCCUCCGCCUCCUCCGCCUCCUCCUGCUGCUGCCGCCGAUCAGACCUCGGAACCCGCCCCGGCAGCAAAGAGCGGCUGA